GCAGAUGUUUGGGGGACGGCAAGCCACGCAUGAUCACACAGGCGCACAAGGAAUGUAGCUGUGCAUGUGAUCACAGCUGGAAACUCUGCUUGACAAAUAGUUUGCCACGGUUUGGUUUUUCAUUCAUAGUUAUACAAAGUAUAUAGCUUACUUUUUGAGGGCCGCAAACAUGGGCUGCUCCUCAUCUAGUGCUCAGACAGUCGAUCAAGAAAAGCGACCAGGUACAAAGCCUGAAGAGAGCAAUGGAAGUGCUUUGGCUGGUCAGAAUGGCAUCAUUGCAGAGACCACUGAGCACAACACGACUGUAAGUGCCAUAAUGAAUGAUCUUCACCAGGGAUCUGAUGAUGGGGAAGAGACAUUAUUAGUGGUGAUGGAAACCCAGGAGGAUCUAGCCUCUGGGGAAGACCCUUUGACUGAUCUUGAACCACAACAAGAUCCUGUUACCUUUGAAGAAUCUGGUUCAGAUGAUGGACCAGCACAGGCCUCUCAUGACUUGGCUCUGGAUGAUGUCCCUGUAAAAGCAGUGGAACCUGUGAUGGCCAUACCCCUUGUAGAGGACGAUAACACUACCACGGGAGAUGUUAAAAUGGUGCAAGCAGAGGUCAGUGCUCGAGAAGAAGAAACUUGCAAGAAAGAGCUUCCUGUCCAAGAUGACGCGAUUAACUUACCUGCUAUAGAAGAGUCUAAGACCGAGAGACCAACUGUAGAAGUUGAACAGGUGCAGACUGAUGUCCCCUCUGCUGUAGAACAGGCAUCUACUGUCCUAGCGGAGGCCUCUCCUGAAGUUGCCGAACCUGUUGCUGAAGUUGGAGUAACAGAUGCAAAAGUAGCAGACAUCCCUGAUGAGAUGGUCGCUUCUUUAGAGACGCCAACUGAAAAUUCUCUACAGAUUUCAACUUCAGUAAUAGAUGAAUCGCCUGCUUCAACCGAGGCGCCAUCAAAGGAAGUUGAAACACUGGCUGAUGCUUUAGUUGAAGAUUCAACCACUGCGAAAUCCUUUGAAGUAAAUGAAGCUGUUAUAGAUACAGGAAUUGCAGUGGCCACCAUUCCGGAGAUGCCUCCUUCAGUUGUGGCAACCAAUGAGACACAAAAUGAGCAGCAACCUGCUGAUGAAGAAUCCAAUGGAUCUUUUGUGAUGCCUUCAGAAACUGCCCAACAAGCAGAACCCAUAUGUCCUGCAGAAUCGACCUCUUCACAGGCAUCUGCCUUAGUCGCUAAAGAACAACAACUAGAGGUUCCAUCAUCUUCAAUAUUGGUUUUAGAAAGCUCAUCAAAGGAAGUCUCAGAGGUCCUAUCAGAUUUUGGUGCUUCUCCAUCUUCAGUUGCUAGUGAUGUGGAACUUCCUGCAGCUGAGCCAACACAAACAGAAAUUGAAGUCAAUUCAUCAGCUCCUGACCAAGCCUUUGAUCCCUCAACCGAAGGGCCAGCAGCAGCAGAGUGCCAUCAGGAUGUUGAGCAAGACAGAGCCAAAAAGGAUGACUGAAUUGACAGAGGAAAAUUUGCUCAAAAGAGGAAAGACUUCAACAGCUCUAUAUGCAAAGGCUACUAAAGAAGGACGACUCAGCAGCAAAACCUUUGUCAUUGUUGUCUUAACACUUCUUAUCAUGUGUAUGUCUGAAAGAUUAAUACACAUCAUGUUCCAUCUCAGAACAGGCUUUUACAAAUACUUCUACUUUUUUACUGGAGUUACUAUGAAAAAUAUUAGGAGAGAUAACUUGGCUCAUGCGUUGUCCAGGAAGCUCCUAUGACAAACACUAAUACAUAAAACUUGAAAGACAAAAAAAUACAGUGCCUUGCAAAAGUAUUCGGCCCCCUUGAAUCUUGCAACCUUUCGCCACAUUUCAGGCUUCAAACAUAAAGAUAUG